GAACGUUCACGUCCUCCGCGUCCGUGUGUCUCUUCUCUAGUCAGUCACCCAUCGGAGUUUCCUUUGAUUCGUCGCGAGCGUUACCGAGCGGAACCCGUACGAAAGUUUCACUUCGUUUUUCUCAGUGUUCGAGAGAUCGAAUUCGCGGAACCGGGACUCGGGUCUUGUUCGACGAACGCGCGUGGGCGAUAUUUGUCGAAUGAGAUAACGUGGAGGGCGACGGAAGUCGAUGCGACGUCGAUACCGCGCGGCUCGAGGAAGGACGAGGGUCCGUUCACGAUAAAUCACCGCCCAGAUAACCCCCGGAUUAAUUAUCCGACUCCGUUCUCGCGAUCAGGAUAUGUGCUUUACGAUGCGUUCUACGUGAAUGAGUGCGCGAUAAAACCGAUAAGUCGGACAAUUCGCCGAAAUCCGUUUCCCCGUUCGUCGAAACGAAUAAAGAGAGAACUGUUGUCCUCGUCGCGGAUGUAGAUACCUGCCGAUACGUGAGACAGCAAGAGAGAUGGAAGCUCAUCACGGUAGCGGCGUCGCGUUGGCUGCGACGGAAACGGAACCCGGCCCGUCGAGCAACGAGCACAACAGCUCGCUGGACGACGCCGUGGGCAAACUGCUUCAAGGCUACGACUGGACCUUGCUUCCGGUUACGUCUCGCGCAGGGGGACGAAGGAGCGCUCACGUGAAGCGUCCGAUGAACGCGUUCAUGGUCUGGGCUCAGGCCGCGAGACGCCGGCUGGCCGAUCAGUACCCUCAGCUUCACAACGCCGAGCUAUCGAAAACGCUGGGGAAACUGUGGAGAAUUCUGAGCGACGGUGAGAAGCAACCGUUCAUAGAGGAAGCUGAGAGGCUGAGGAACGCGCACAAAAAGCAGCACCCGCAUUACAAGUAUCAGCCGCGUCGGCGGAAACCGAAAUCGGACGAGCAGAUGGGCAUCAUGAUGCACCGGACGGCCCUGUCCUCGCCGACGACGUCUCUAGACUCCACUGGCUCGUUCGAUUGCACGUAUCCCCGUUUAUAUUCAGAAACCGGAAUCAAAACGUUCGAGAGGCCUAUUUACCACGACGGUAAGGCCAGUUACGAUCUCUCGAGAUCGUCCUGGCCCGGCGAUUCGAAUAAAUAUCAAUCCGAUCAUUCGGUCGCGGAGAAACCGUACGAGGAUACGAAGUACGAAUCGAACGUGGCCAAGUGCUACGAGACCGUCAAAUACCACGAGGUGUCUUCAGCCGCGAAGUACCACGAGACGAUGCCGAAGUACUCGGAGCUGCAGGCGAAGCCGUACGAUCUACCCAAAUACCCGGAGAACCCCUUGAAAUAUCCGAUGGACGUGACGAGUACGAGCAAGUCGCACGCGUACGUCCACACCCAGUAUUACUCGGCUCCCGAGGGAUACGCAAUGCACGAGGACAACGAGUACCAGACGCAAGGCGUCUCGACUCAUUCUUUCUAUCCGUACAUUUCCGCGUCCAUGACACAGCCACCUUACUACAUGGGUCCACGGUAGAGCAUACAAUGCUUUUAUUCGUUUGCGUAAUUUGGUUACAGAGACAUUAACAAUGUUUCGGGUGAACGUAGAACGAGCGCGCUAGGCUCGAAUAGUUUAUUAAACC